UCUGCUGAUCACAGCUUGGAAUCAACCGAGGUAUUCCAGGCAGAGUGAACUUAUCGGCUGCAUGAGCUUUGGUGUGAAGACCCUGCUGAGCCCAGACAAGGAGAUCAGCGGCUGGUACUACUUGCUGGGGGAAGACCUGGGCAGGACGAAGCACCUGAAAGUGGCUGCACGACGGCUGAAGCAGAGUGGAGAGCUGAUGCUGGCCCAGCCAGCCCCGUUGCUGGGGAGCCAGCAGAGUGAGACUGCCGAGCAGCUCAAGAUUACAAUCCCACGAGGAAAGAAUGGCUUCGGGUUUACCAUCUGCUGUGACUCGCCUGUCCGGGUGCAGGCUGUGGACUCUGGUGGUCCUGCAGAGAAGGCCGGCUUGCAACAACUAGACACUGUCCUCAAACUCAAUGAGCAACCUGUUGAGCACUGGAAGUGUGUGGAGCUGGCUCACGAGAUCCGAAACUGUUCACGGGAGAUCAUACUACUGGUCUGGCGCAUCGUCCCUCGGGUCAAACCUGCCCUGGAAGGCGUCAUCCGCCGCUCCUCUUGCAAAUCAACGUAUGACUUGCAGUCCCCACCCAACAAACGGGAGAAGAACAGCUUGCUGCGGCCGCGGCCUCCUGAGCACCGCCAAAGCUGCCACGUUGUAUAUGAUGGGAAUGAGGGGCUGGUGCUGAACGGCUGGGAGCGCUACACAGAGCUUGGGAAGGCCACCCAGCGUACUAUGCCCCCGCUCUCCCGACCCACCUCUACAGGUGGGGACAAGAACUACAUCAUUCUGGCACCCCUCAAUCCAGGAAGCCAGCUUCUGCGGCCUGUCUACCAGGAGGGCAAAGCCCCUGGAGGCAGUGCGUGUAAAGGGGUCUCUCAUGGCAAGAAAUCCCGGCUCAUGAAGACAGUGCAGACCAUCAAGGGCCACGGCGGCAACUCCCAGAACUGCACCCUGGUGAGGCCCAACAUCGCUCACUCGAGUUAUGGCACGUAUGUGACGCUGGCUCCCAAGGUGCUGGUCUUCCCCAUCUUUGUGCAGCCUCUUGACCUUUGCAAUCCAGCCCGAACGCUGCUUUUGUCGGAAGAGCUGCUUCUUCAUGAGACCCGAAACAAGCCUACAAAGGUAACACUCUUCAUCUAUUCGGACUUGCUGCUGUUUACCAAAGAAGACGAACCAGGCCGCUGCAAUGUCCUCCGGAAUCCCCUUUACCUGCAGGAUGUCAGACUGCAAGAGGAUUCCCCUGAGGAUCUAAAGUUCUGCAUCCUCUACCUGGCUGAGAAACUGGAGUGCCUGCUGAGCUUGGAGGCUCACUCCCAUGAGCAGAAGAAGAGAGUCUGCUGGUGCUUGGCUGAUAACAUCGCAAAGCAGCAGAUGACCACCCCGACAGCCCCCCCUGCAGAGAAUAAGCCUGAGUCAGAGAAACCAGAGGCCAUGCCCUCCGUGGGGGAAGACGUGACCAGCCCUGUGGCCCACCCUUUGGAAGGGGAUUCAGCAGAGGGAAUGCCGGAGGAGACUGUGAAGGAGGUCCCAGAGGCCCUUGUGGAAAGGGUCAGGGAGACCAGCCCCGUGGAGCGCCGGGAGGAGGCAGGGCCCUGCAGUCGCCCCACGGCCUUCACGAUCCCUAAGCUGCAGCUGGACAGCACCUUCAGCCAGGGCACGGCAGGCAUCGCCACUCUGGAACUGGAAAGCCCAGAGGAUCAGGAGGAGGAAGAAGAGGAAGAUGAGGAGGAGGAGGAGGAGGAAGAGGAAGAUGACGAGGACUACUUGUGCAGGGGCGACACGAAGCGCUCCAGCAUGAUUGACACCUUGGAGUGUGAGGCGGCCUGCCGCCUCAGCGUGCAGAACUCCUUGCGGCGACGCACCCACAGCGAAGGCAGCCUCCUCCACGAGUCCCGGGGUGGCCACUGCUUCAGCUCCGACACCAGCCUGAAUUACGCCGAGGCCCAGAGCCCCACUGCCGGCUGGACAAUGCCGUCCCCCAAGACGCUCAAAAAGGAGCUCACGGGGAACGGGAGCUCCAUUCACCACUUCGGCCUGCUCUUUUCCGGGCACCGGAAGCAGCAGCAUAUGCUGGAUCCUGGUUGUGUCUGUGCCCAAGAAGCCAUGGCUGUCUGCAAAAGGAUGAACAAGAACCUCACAGGGAUCUUCACUGCGUGGCUGAAGUCUCCAGUAGCUGUAGCAUACUCAGAAACUGCCUCCCUAAGAUGCAUCCCGCUGUCCGGGGCGUUUCGGAGUGGUACCUGGCCAGUGGGCGGCGUUGCGCGCCUGGAGGCCGCAGAGCCCGUGGCGGGUCGCGCUUGGGCCGGCUUCUGGCUUCCUUUCGCGCGGCUAUUAAUAGCGGGAGCGCGGCGCUCGCAGCCCGGGCAGAGACAGGCAGGCUGCGCUCGCGGCAAGAACGGCACGGAGCUCGCCAUGCCCUUCUUUCGGGACCCAGCCAAGCCGCAGCCCGUCGAGUUCCACGCCGAGAUCCUGCUCGGCGCGCCGCCCCGGGGGCUUCGGCUCGGCGUCAGCCUGCAGCGGCGGCACACCAUGAAAGAGGCCAAAGAUAUGAAGAACCGUUUGGGCAUCUUCCGACGGCGGAACGAAUCUCCUGGAGGACACCCCCCAAGCAAACUGGACAAAGUCCCUAAGUCUCUGAAGCCGACUGUGGAAGAAGCCCUCAAAUGGGGAGAGUCCUUGGAAAAGCUGCUUCAACAUAAAUAUGGUUUGGCGGCCUUUCGUGCCUUCUUGCGCACGGAGUUCAGCGAGGAGAAUCUGGAGUUCUGGCUGUCCUGCGAGGACUACAAGAAGAUCAAAUCCCAGUCCAAGAUGACAUCGAAAGCCAAGAAGCUCUUUGCAGAAUACAUUGCUAUCCAGUCUUGCAAAGAAGUUAACCUAGACUCCUAUACUCGGGAGCACACCAAAGAAAACAUGCAAAACAUUACCCGGAGCUGUUUCGAUCUUGCCCAGAGACGUAUCUAUGGGCUGAUGGAGAAGGACUCGUAUCCCCGUUUCCUACGCUCAGAGCUGUACUUGGAACUGAUUAACCAGAAGAAGCCCAGCCCUGUGUUGUAGAGAGGAUCGGGGCCUGCUUCUCCAGGAAGACUGUAUGGGAGGUGUAUGUUUACAUAUGAGUGGCGGCUGCCUUCCGGUAGGGGACUGCCAGGACAUGGAAGCCAUAUCUGCCUCUGGAAGGGAACUGGGGUUGGAGAGCUAAGUAGUUGGGCACCAUCCCAUCCUGGAACUGCUUUGGGUUGUUUUUUGUUUUUUUUCCUCUCUGGUACGACACUGUCCUAGUGAACAGGGCUAAGGGUCCGUGAUCCCACCAGACCACUGUGAAGGUCAAAGCUGUCUUUCCCCUUCCGACACCCUGGAGAUGGCUUGAACACAGGGACCCCACAUGGAACCAGAUGUCUUUCGUGGGCAGGUGGGCAACAUUGCCGUUCCUUCCCAAAGUAUCUCUUGGUGAUUCAAAGUAGACAAAGGAAGGCUCACAGAUUGGGAAAGAUCAGCUCUUCAGUAUCUCUGCUCUCCUCCUUGUUGUGUGACUCGACCGGCAGACCAACUGCUUCUGUCUUUCUCCUUCCCCUGCCCCGAAUCAUUUGUCUCCAGGGUUAUUUAUUGAACUGUUCCAGCCGGAUGCACAACCAGUUGUGUCUGGGAGACUUUGUCAACUUCCUUAAGUCCCCCUUCUCUUUUUUUUUAAAUUUUAAGUGCAAUAUCUUUUGUUUCGUUUUUAAUGUGUGUCCUGUUGGAGGGGGGUGUCUGGCCGUGGAAUGGAUGUGGAUUUUGAGUAUGUUCAGCGCCUUUUGUUUUAAACUGUCUUGAGUCCUUCCUGAAUGUGUCCCACCCCAGCAGCAGGCAGCUGGGAGAUUGUUAAAUGGGGGAGAGGGGAUAUGCAGAAUAUCAUUGCGGUGGCAAACUUUGUAUAGAUAAAUCCAGCUGUAUAAAUCUCUGUGCAGUGUAAGUCAGGUUGGGAGAGGGUGUGUGAGAAAGCUGUGUGUGUGAGUGAGAGAGAGAGGGUGUGUGUGUGUGUGUGUUUAUACCUGCUUGGUAGCGUUUGGCCCAGAAGGACUCUUAUCUGUUCUUCCUCUAAGGAGUCUGCCAGACAGUCUCUUGGCCAAGUGCCUGGUUUACAAUUCAGAACCAUCUCUGCAGUUAGUAAAAACAAU